UUUUUUCUUGUAUAAAUUAUUAUCACUAUUUUAUUUUUUACCUGUUGAACAGCAAUGCCACCCAAGAAACAACCAGGUUCAAGAUUAAAAACACCUUAUGAACAGUUAAGAAAGGCAGCAGCAACAAAAGGACAAACUAAGCAAUCACUUGCCUCUGUUCGAAUUGUGUUUGCUUUACUUGGUGUCAUUGCCGCUGUUGUGUUUUAUCGUUAUCCAAACAUUCUAGAUACAUUUGCUUCAAAAUCUGCAGCGCCCAUUCCUUCUUGUCAAAAAUAUGCCCUGAUGGUAGAUGCUGGAUCAACUGGAUCUCGCAUUCAUGUCUACAGAUUUCACCAAUGUACCAAGAGCGACCCUGUUACUUUAGAAGAAGAAGAAUUAUUCACACAAACUAUUCCUGGCUUAUCCGCCUUUGCUGAUGAACCUAAAAAGGCUGCCGAAUCCUUGGAUACGCUGAUGCAAGACGCUCUUCAAGUAGUACCUAAAUCGCUUCAGAAGAAGACACCUAUUGCAGUAAAAGCAACAGCUGGUCUACGUUUGCUUGGAGAACAAAAGAGUGAGGCCAUCUUGGCUGCAGUUCGAUCACAUCUUGCUGAAUAUCCCUUCCCUGUGAUUGACGUAUCCAUCAUGGACGGUAAGGAUGAAGGUGUCUUUGCUUGGAUUACUGUCAAUUUCUUACUUGGCAACUUUGAUAACCAUAACCAACGACAUACUGCCGCCGUACUGGAUCUUGGAGGAGGAUCAACUCAGAUCGUGUUUGAACCUGAUAGACUGCCGGAUGGCUCACUUCCUGAACUUCCCGAACAUGACUCAAAGUAUGUGCUCCACUUUGAUGGUAAAGAUUAUCUGCUUUAUCAAAACUCAUAUUUGGGAUACGGUUUAAUGGAGGCUCGAAAGAAGAUUCAUAAACAGGCAAUGGUAAUGCAAUCUGAGGAUAAUGGUCAUGCGUGUCUGCCUCGCGGUUUGCUAUGGGAAUAUACCAAGGAUGUGACUGAACCCAUCAAGUUUAAUGGAAAGGGCUCAUAUGCUGAAUGCAUCAACUUGACUGACUUGACGCUCAACAAAAACAAACACUGUGAACUAUCUCCUUGUUCAUUUAAUGGCAUCUAUCAGCCUCCCAUUGCAGAAUCAUUCCAACAUGGUCCGAUCUAUAUCUUUUCAUAUUUCCAUGACCGAACGCAACCUCUUGGAUUACCUGCCACCUUCCGCUUACCUGAACUCGAAGCCCUUACAGAAUCUGUCUGCUCUGGCGCGUAUUUGGACAAUGUGACCGAUGUGGCACUCAAGGAAGAAAUAUUAGAUCGCCCCGAAUGGUGCUUGGAUUUAUCUUUUAUUUAUAGACUUUUAUCAUAUGGAUAUGAAAUCCCUAAUGAUCGAUACCUUACUGUUGCUAAAAAGAUUAAUGGCGUCGAAACAGGAUGGUGUUUGGGCGCAUCCAUUGCUAUUUUAGGCGAUAGUUCACUUGAGCAUAUCCAAUAAAUAAC